AUGGGAUUGUUCGAGGCGCUUGUGGGAACUGAUCAUUGCACCUUCAAUUCCACUCAGAAAGCUUUCGGUUCUGAUGAUUUCAGGAAGAUUCCCAAUGGCGUAAAUGGUAUUGAAGAAAGGAUGCAUAUAAUUUGGGAUAGCAUGGUGGAGACCGGCAAGAUCACAGUCACCGAUUAUGUGAGAGUGACAAGCACAGAAUGUGCCAAGAUCUUCAACAUAUACCCUCGCAAAGGAGCAAUCCUCGAGGGAUCUGAUGCAGACAUCAUCAUCCUGAACCCCAAGAGGAGCUUCGCGAUGGGCACGCGCACACACCAUUCGAGGUCCGACACGAACGUGUACGAGGGCAGAAAAGGAAAGGGAAUGGUAGAGGUGACCAUCUCAAGAGGGCGAGUGGUGUGGGAGGAUGGCUUGAACAAAGGAAACUGUGUUUUGUCAUUGCAAAUGGAAGCUGGCUAA